AUGUUCACAUGUCUCGGCCCUACCCGGAGCCGACUACUGAUUCUGACUCAGCAAUCCACUGACCUGCAGAAGGCUGUGAUGCCUCGGCACUGUUGUAAUGACGCAGCACGAGCCAAUGAACUGUCUGUCAACGCCGAUGACCGAGAUGAUCAGCAGCCAAUGAAGCACCGACCGCUACAACGUAUGUUUUAA